GGAAAACUUGCCAAGCUUUUUCUCGACACCAAAUGUUAGCGGGAAGAAUUGUGUUUAUUUCUGUUUUAUCUUGGGUUCUGAUUCCUCGCCAUGAACUCGCAGGUAACGUACCACAAUGUGCCCACUCCGCCGUCCAGCCUAGCCCUGGCGGCGGCAGCUCCCGAUGGGGGCUUUCUCUACGUCGGUGUGCGGUGUAUUAACUACAUAGCGGCUCCGCCGGCGUGCAGCAAUAAGCAGGUUCAGGUGGCGACCAUGUCGACGCGCAUCAACAUCCUGGCCCUCGACGUGAGUCCUUCGUGGGGCGGCAAGAGCAAGCCGUUCGCCAUAGUCGGCGAUGACUUGAGCGUGCAGGUCUGGGACUGCCUUCUGGGCGAGGCUGUCAUCGGGCACAAGGCGCACCAGCAUCAGCAAGAAGCACGCGAUGCACGAUCAGUCUACCCAACCACCAGCUCCGUGCUGUUGAGCUACAUGGCCAACGGAAAUAUACUGUCGAUAGAUGCCAGCGACCUGGUAAUUUGCGUGGCCUCAAACACAUACUGCCGCCGGCCGACGUUCCUGUCGCCAAAGAACCAUCAGCUCACCCAGUUUCGCGCCUCCCCCUACAACAACAACCAAUUUGCCGUGGGAACUGCUAUGGGGAACGUUCUGAUCUGUGACUUGCUCAAGAUGGGCGUCGUCUACAAGUUCACUGGCCACAAGGCGCCCAUCUGCGGCCUGUCUUGGCAAGAAGUGAAUGCUCCUCUGGAGGAGAAUCUCAAUGAGCUAUCGUCGAGAGCUGAGCAGUGGCGCAGUCGCAAUGGUAACGAGGAGGAGAAGGCCAAGCCGAAACCACCACCGCUGCUUAAGUCCCGGGCCGCCGAGUCCGACGAUAUGUUCGACAUCUACAACUUUGAUCAUCUGGAGUGUGAGUUCGGGGCACCCAUAGCAGAGCGGCGCAAAUCUUCCGAAGACGGUUUUGUGGGCCUGGAGAAGCCAGCCAGUACCGCUGCCCUCGAUUACGUAGAAGCCUGCGAGAGCAUGAAGGCAGAUCUGAUGGCGCAUAGUCAGGACGAUAGUGUUGAGCACGUAGAGGUCACCUUGAACGACUGUGAACCCACGAAGCCCUCUGGGCCACUGAGCGAUGCCAGCACCGCCAGCAACCGCCAGGAUAUCAGCGAUUCCACCGAAGGCAGUCUUGAGGUUAUUCAAUAUAGCUCCUCCAGCGACGACGCUGUGAUCGUCGAUGGAGAGGCGGCAAAGCCCAAGCGCGAAGUGCUGCAUCACAUCUACCACCAGGCAGAGGUCCAUGCCUCAGAGACCCCUCACGCCAAGCCCGAGCCGCCAAGCAAUCCCCAAGUGACAGCUACUGGCAGCACGGAAACACUAAGUUCGUCAGUAACCACACGGCCCGACACUCUGCUGGCCUCUAUUGAUGCGAAUGAGGUCAUGAUGAUCUGGAACGCGAACACGGGAGCUCAUUCCGGGAAGAACUACAGCAAGAGCAAGGUCACCGGCAAGCUCAACAACGUAUAUUGGCUGAGCAGCGAUACCAUAGUGACCCUUAGUCGUAGCCAGUUGUUCUUCUGGUCCCUGGAGUUUGACAAAAAGAUGUUGCGCUACAAAAUCAGCAAAGACCGAGUCCACAGCUGCCAAGAGAAAGAUAUCUUUACGUUUGCUUGUCUCCCCAAUAAGAAAGAGAUAUGGUUGUGCAAGAACAACCGCCAGAUUGUCACUUUAAAUCCCCAAACCGGCAAAGUGGGUGCUACCUAUGGCACAGUGUCUCUCGGGGUGCGCGCAAUGGCAGAGUGUCCGGAUGAUAUGAACAAGAUCGCUUUGGGAUGCUCCGACCGCCGCAUUGCCAUCUUUGACAUUUCCAAGCUCUCUACCAGCUGCCUUCCCAUCGAUAGCGUGUUUGUCAACAGUAAUGUGUACACCCUGGCCUGGAGUCCCGACUGUUUGCAACUGGCCUUUGGCACCUUUGAUGGAACCGUGGGCAUCAUUAAUGUGGAAUCCAUGAAGAUUAAGACCGUUCUGAAGACGUCGCAAAAGAAGGAAGUAUAUUCCCUGGUCUGGCAGGACCACUACAUCUACUUCAUCGUGAAUCGUCAGCUCGGCGUCUUCGACUUGGACAAAUCAAAUGGUGAUCCUUAUAUGCUAAGCCACAUCUCUCGGCCAAGCUACCUCAGCGUUCGUGGAUCGUUUCUUUUUGUUGGCACUGAUGAUGGUAUGUUGCAGCUCCAUGAACGCAUCGGUGGAUCCGGCCAGGCCUGGACUCCGUUUAUUCGCCAAUCGGCCUUGCUGUCACGUUAUGUGUGCGAUAUUGUCUGGAAUCCCGUGGACAAUAAUAAAUUCGCAGUGGCCGGCAAUGACAAAUUUAUAUACAUAAUGAAGUUCCAACCGGAGGACCGCAACUGGACAACUCAGCACACUUUCACGGCAAAGACAGACAAAGCGUCUGUAACUUCUCUGCGUUGGAGUCACAGCAAAAUCAACAUCCUGCUCUCCUUCCACAUCGAAGGCAAGGUGUAUAUGUGGAACACUAAUGAGCCAGAGAAACCACCACUUACCAUCACAUACCACUGCCCCAUGUGGUGCGGCAUGUUUUUUCCCUCCAACGAGAACAUCAUCAUGUGUUCGGGAAAGGCGAUCUCUUUGGAACUGAUUGACAUCAAAAGUGCUUUGGCCGAAAAUGAAAUAACCAUUUGCUCCAAGGUGGAUGCGUUGCUUAAGGUUAAGUGGGCCUCCAAGUCCCUAAAUAUGCCCUAUGCUCCGGUUCUUACCAGGACGGAAAAGAAGCGACAGCGGCGAAAUCAACGCAGAGAGGAAGUUAGAAAGGAAGCUGUAGCGUUCAACAAGGAGACGGAGAUGGCUAAGGAGACAGAUGCACCAGCAAAGGAAAGCCCAACUACGGAUUCACCAGACCAUGAGACUCCUGUGGAAGACAUGAUGAAAUCCCUUAGCCUGGACAAAAAGCAGAAUGUGACUACAACAAAGGAGUGCUUGAAGUGCAAGGAAUUGGAGUCUAAUAACCCGCCUGAAAGUUUGCUUAUUCAUUCCCGCACCUGUCUCUACCUCGCCGGAAAGGAACUCAACAAGAGCGCCCUUGAGAAGCUGGCCAUUGUGCUGACCGAGGAUGCGGCUAAGAUCGACAAAUCAGUGCUUAUGUCCAAGCUAUUUAGUACCAAAGUGACGGCCAAAAAGCUUAUUUCCAUAGAAUUGAACAACCUCAAGCAGUCAAACACGAAGGACAUAGCUCCCCUUUCCCUAUUCAUAUCCACGUUCAAGCUGCGUGAGGAACUGGAGGAACAUAUGGCCAACAAGACGCUCACGGAGUGGCAUCUAUCCGUAGCUCCUUCGGUGUCAUUUGCACUCUGGCAAGACUGCUGCCGCGUCUAUGCCAAGCAGAUGGAGGAAAAGGGCUACAUAAUGCACGCAGCCACGUACCUCCUUAGCCUGGGAUUGCAGAAGGAAGCCAUCGAGCUAUUCCUGGCCAAUGAGUAUUAUAAGGAGGCCCUAGUGCAUGCCCGAAUUUGCUUGCCAGCCACAGAUCCGAUAAUAAAAACCAUUAUUAACCGUUGGCUAGAACAACUGGAGGGGACAGGCAACUACGCAGCGGCGGCCCUAAUAUGCGUGCUGGACAACGAGAUGCUGCGUGGCUACACCUUUCUUAGGAAGUUCCGAAACUGCACACCCGAGAUCGCCGAUUUAAUGGAACAGAUUAAACGCAUAGGACAGCUUGGCGUAGUGCUGGACAACUGCGCUCCCGCUGAACAGCCUGAACAUAAUGGAGCUGCUGCAGCCGCUGUCGAGGAGGAAGCAUAAUUGAAAUGUUUUUGUCAAAAAUUAGUUUUACACGCAUUUGAAAUUGCCCAAAAACAAUCCUGAAGCUAUUAGCUUUUAGCUAGGCAUUUAAAGGCCAUGGAACCUAACUGAUUUUGUUACUCUUAGAUAGCUAGAGACUGAGUGGAAUUGAAUCCAAUUUAUGUUGUCAUUUGAAUUCCAUAUAUUAAUUUAAUUAACCCUAAAGAAAUGGGAAAACAAACGAAAGAAUUACACACAAAGAUACACACAUAUAUCAGUGGCACAAUAGCUAGUAAAGAAACAACACUCACAAAUUGAAUUUUGAAUAAACAAAACGAGAUAAAGAGAAAAGAAACCCCGGUGAGC